CACCGUAGCAAAAUGGGGACAGGCAAAGAAGAUGGGCCAUGAUAUACCAGGUAAAAUGUUUUUAUUCGGUGUGCUAUUGAAUAAAUUAAAGAUUUUUGAGGGUUUUCUAUAAGUAAUCCAGUGUCUUGGAAGCAUGUUACCCAGAUAGUAUGUUUAGAAUUUAAAAUUGGAAGCUUGAUUGAAUUCUGUGUUCUUUUUUAUUAAUUUUUUUCAAUAUUUAAAGAUAAAGCUUUGGUCUAUCGUAUUGUCAUCUUCCAACAAUGUGAAUGAUACAGUAAUUGUGUUCCCUUUAUGAUACCCUGGAAGUAUGAUCGGAAUUUAAAAUUGGAAGCAUGAUUGAAUUCUUUGUCUUUUUUUCUUCGUAAUUUUAUUCAAUAUAUAAAGCUAAAGUUUUGCUUUGUUGUAUUCUCAACCUCAACCUCAGUCAAUGUUGUCAAGUAAAGAGAAAGGUAUGUUUACUUUAUUCUAAUGGAUUGAUUUUUUAAGUAAACACUCAUUUUUUUCAUUAGUUCAUUUUAUUAUUCGUGGUAGCAUUAUUCCUUUUCUUUUUGCUAUGAUAAUUUUUUUCAGUGACCAAUAUGUAUCAAGGACAUAAAUGACAAUAACCAUCUCAUGAUUUCUACAUGGUGUUCGUUUUAAGUUAUUACUAUGCUGCUAACUUUUGGUAAAAAGAUACUGGAAAGGUAUUUUUUUAGUGAUUCAAUGAAGGUGGAAUAACUUAUAGCUUUUUUCAGAAUCAAGUAAUGACAAAGAUAUGUUGACUCAAUUCUAAUGGAUUGGUUUUUUCCGUAAACACUCAUAUUCUUCGUUAGUUCAUUUUAUUGUUCGUAGUAGUGAGAUUAAUACUCCAUGAAAAGCUUUUCCAAACAACUUUUAAAACACUACUUUUUGAUUUACUUCACAUACUUAGUUGAAGAAAACAUGAUCUUAAUUGUUUAGUACUCCAUGACAUGGAGUAGAAAAAAGGAAGGGGUUGAAGUCAUCAUUUGGUUGGAGUUGCUAGAAAAGAUCAAUUUAACUCCUUUUUUAAUACAUACUCAUUUGUAAUACGGAGUAUAUUUUUCCAAGGUAGAGAGGGAUGACACUGAGUGACACGGUCCCAGUUGUAUGAGAUUUUUACAACACAACCUUCAAAGGUGUUAUAGCUAUUUUUUUUAAAGUAGCUUUGAGAAUUCAUGUGAUCCUCAAACACUUAACUCAAUCUAUUAAUAGUCUGCAUGACUCUUCUUUAUCAAAAUAGUAGAAUGCUUUUAUUGUCAUAUAAAUUUGGUGCUUUUUUUACCGAUUGAUAAAAAAUGGGGAUUUCUUAAAACUGCAGUUAUGCAAAUGAAUUGUUAAUUUGUUCGUGUAAAUUAUUUUUGAGAGAAAACAAUUUAGGGAUGGUUCUGCAUGGUUGGGCAAAUUUACUUUACUCAAAAUAACUCUCUUGCUCUAUAUUUGUUGUAGUGAAUAGAAGAGACCUUACUCUGAUGCAUAUUUCGAAUAAGAGGAUGAUGGUUCAACGUGGGGACGAGUAGUAUGAAUCUUACAUUCAAAUGCUUAGUGCAACUUCGCUACAGCUUUACUUUCAUUUAAUUUUGGAGCAAAUGUGUUGUUUGAAAUGUCAUAGCUUAUUACCAUGUAUUUUUUUCUCGUCGAAAUUGAUGUUAUUUUUAAAAAUUGUUUGAAAAGAUAGGUUCUGCACAUUUGGUUUUUUUUUUCAAUUUGAAUUUUUAUAGUUACAUUAAAAAAUGAGUGCAAAUCCACCCCCAACCACCUGAAAGAUUGGGUUUCUUUCAUUCACUCCCGGCGCAGCAGAAUCAUCAAAGUCCAUUUCGGAUCUCCCGGCAAGACCCUAGUGCCGGUUUCUUUUCACCCCCAUGGUCUCCGUCUGCCAUUGAUCUUGAUAUUCGAAGCUCACACAUCGAUCCAAGAUGUACAUGGCAUACGGAUGGCCGCAGGUAAUCCCUCUGAUGCCCGGUUCAUGCCCGUCUUCUCAGCAAAUUGUGUACCUCAAGGUCACCAAUGGCUUAUUGCUUGUGGUUUCGCCAAUUCACAUCGAGCUCUGGUCUUCUUCUCAGCAUAGGGUGAGAUUGGCGAAGCACAAGAGAAGUUCAGAUUCAAUUCGCAGUGAAGGAGAGAAUAUUCAGGCUGUUUGGAGCCCUGAUACCAAAUUGGUUGCUGUUCUCACCUCUUCUUUGCAUCUCCAAAUAUUUAAGGUUCAGUUUACAGAAAAGAAGAUACAAAUUGGAGGGAAACAACCAUCUGGUUUGUUUCUAGCAAACAUAGGUUUACUUCUUAACGAGCAGGUGCCAUUUGCUCACGAGAAUUUGACAGUGAGCAAUAUUGUCUCUGAUAACAAACAUAUGCUUGUUGGACUCUCUAAUGGUUCAUUGUACAAUAUUUCCUGGAAGGGUGAGUUUUGUGGAGCCUUUAACAUUGAUGUUCAGUUUUGCGACGGUAGUGGGGCUACCAAACAUUCAAAUAACAUGGAAAAUGAUUUUGCUUCAACUGGAGCAGAAAUUGAUAAUGUUCCUAGUAUUUGCAAGUCUCAACCAUCCGCUGUAUCCCACCUGGAAUAUUCCCAACCCUUAAGGUUGCUGUUUGCUCUAUUUUCUGACGGGCAACUCAUCGUAUGUUCUGUAAGCAAGAAGGGCUUUAGACUGGCCGAGCAUGUCAAAGCUGAAAAGAGAUUGGGCUCUGGUGAUGCUGUUUGUACCUCUGUUGCUUCAGAACAACAAAUUCUUGCUGUUGGUUGCAAAAGAGGAGUUGUUGAGCUGUAUGAUCUUGCAGAAUCCACUUCACUGAUACGUUCUAUUUCUUUGUAUGACUGGGGAUAUUCCGUUGAAGAUACUGGUGCUGUGAAUUGUAUUGCUUGGACCGCUGACAAUUCUGCUUUUGCAGUUGGGUGGAAGUUAAGAGGGCUUGCUGUUUGGUCAGUUUCUGGUUGUCGAUUGAUGUGUACAACCCGCCAAGCUGGAUUAAAUUCAAUAUCUUCCCCUGCAAUUAAACCUAACCAGGAAUGUAAAUAUGAACCUAUGAUGACUGGCACCUCACUGGUGCACUGGGAUGAACAUGGUUAUAGGCUUUAUGCUGUUGAGGAAGGUUCUUCAGAGAGAGUUAUUGCAUUUUCUUUUGGAAAGUGCUGUCUCAACAGAGGAGUUUCUGGGACAACUUAUGCUCGACAAGUUAUAUAUGGUGAAGAUAGGUUGCUUGUUGUCCAGUCAGAAGAUACAAAUGAACUUAGAAUCUUGCAUAUUAACCUUCCAGUUUCAUAUAUUUCUCAGAAUUGGCCCAUUUUACAUGUGGCUGCUAGCAAAGAUGGGAUGUACUUGGCAAUUGCUGGCCUUCAUGGGUUGAUCUUAUAUGAUAUAUGUCAUAAAAAAUGGCGGUUUUUUGGAGAUAUUAGCCAAGAGCAACAUAUUCAGUGUAGGGGCUUGUUAUGGAUGGGGAAAAUUGUUGUUGUUUGCAACUAUGAUGAUUCUUCCAAUGGGUAUGAGCUGCUUUUUUACCCAAGGUACCACCUGGACAAGAGUUCACUUCUUUGUCGGAAACCUCUGCUGGCAAAACCAAUGGUGAUGGAUAUUUAUCAAGAAUAUAUACUUGUCACUUACUGCCCUUUUGAUGUCCACAUUUAUCAUGUGAAACUGUUUGGUGAAUUGACCCCUUUAAGUUCUCCAGAUUUACAGCUUUCUACAGUCCGAGAGCUUUCAAUCAUGACUGCAAAGUGCCACCCUGCAGCAAUGCAUUUCUUACCCGAACAGCUUCCUAGGAAAACUUUAACAGACAAUGCUAUAUCAUCACCUGACAAAUUAGUGAGAGAGCCUGCUAGAUGCUUGAUUCUAAGGACAAAUGGAGAGCUUUCACUUCUUGAUUUGGAUGAGGGGAGGGAAAGAGAGCUCACUGACUCAGUGGAGUUGUUCUGGGUUACAUGCGGUCAAUCAGAGGAGAAAACUACCCUGAUUGAGGAAGUUUCAUGGCUGGACUAUGGCCACCGAGGAAUGCAGGUUUGGUAUCCAUCUCCAGGUCUCAACUCUUUUAAGCAAGAAGACUUCUUGCAGUUGGACCCUGAAUUGGAGUUUGAUCGCGAGGUUUAUCCUCUUGGUCUGCUGCCGCAUGCUGGAGUUGUGGUUGGCGUUUCCCAGAGAAUGUCAUUUUCUGCGAGCACGGAGUUUCCUUGUUUUGAGCCAUCCCCCCAAGCUCAGACUAUAUUGCAUUGCCUGCUAAGGCAUCUUUUGCAGAGAGACAAGGAUGAACAAGCACUAAGAUUGGCUCAAUUAUCAGCAGGAAAACCACAUUUUACUCAUUACCUUGAGUGGCUUCUUUUUACAGUUUUUGAGGCUGAAAUUUCUGGGAAAAGCUCAAGAAACUACAUAACUACAUUAUCUAGUCACGGCACCAUCACUUCUCUUCUGGAUAAGACAUGUGAUCUGAUCAGAAAUUUUCCAGAGUACUGGGAUGUGGUUGUUAGUGUUGCAAGAAAAACCGAUGGGCGACAUUGGGCAGAUUUGUUCGCUGCUGCAGGGCGAUCAACUGAGUUAUUUGAGGAAUGCUUUCAAAGGAGAUGGUACCGAACCGCUGCUUGCUAUAUACUUGUAAUUGCAAAGCUUGAAGGUCCUGCUGUGAGUCAAUAUUGUGCACUACGUUUGUUGCAGGCAACACUUGAUGAGUCCUUGUAUGAGCUGGCCGGGGAGCUGGUGAGGUUUCUUCUCAGAUCUGGAAGAGAAUAUGAACCUACAACUGUGAAUUCUGAGAAGUUAUCUCCUCGAUUCUUUGGAUAUUUUCUGUUUCCUUCAAGUUAUCAGAGGCAAUCUUUUGACCCAAAAGGCUCAUUCAAGGAACAAAAUGCACAUGUUGCUUCUGUUAAGAAUAUUUUAGAGAGUCAUGCAAGCCUUUUGAUGUCUGGGAAGGAACUCUCGAAGCUUGUUGCAUUUGCAAAAGGCACACAAUUUGACCUUGUGGACUAUUUGCGGCGAGAGAGAUAUGGAUCUGCUCGCUUAGAGAAUUUUGCCUUGGCAUUUGAACUCAUUGGACAGAAGGUGCAAGCACUUUCUCUAGAGUACAGUGGUCAUAAUAAUUCACGAUGCAGCUUGUCUGUCAUGAACAGAAGUGUUUAGUUGAAUUUUAAACUUUAAAAUUUACUCAUCAUAAAGAAUAGGUUUAGGUUCCGUUUGCAUGAGUUUUAGCCUAUAGCUUUGGCAUUUUGGACUAGCCAAAGGUAGCUAUUAGCGUUGGCAUUUUCAAAACUAAUAUGCACCAUUAAAAAAUUAGAACGCUAUCGCUAAUUACAGUAUUUGUUCCGGAAUGAAACCUUAUUCUCAAGAUUGAACACAUAUGAUUGAUUUGCUGGUUUUUUUCGAUCACCCAGCUUCAAAUGGGGACACUGCAAAGUCGAUUGGAUGCAGAAUUCCUUUUGGCUCAGAUGUGCUCUGUCAAAUUCAAAGAAUGGAUCGUUGUCCUGGCCACACUAUUGAGGAGAUCUGAGGUUUUGUUUGAUCUCUUUCGACAUGAUUUGCGUUUAUGGGAGGCAUAUAACAUUACAUUGCAGUCACACCCGGCAUUUACUGAAUACCAUGAUUUGCUAGCAUCCUUGGAGGAGAAGCUUUCAUAUACCUCUAAUUCAGAAAAUAUAUGAGCCGUACAGAUGCGGAAAAAGCCUUAUUUCUCUUAAGAUCCAGAUCAUUGUCUUUCUACCAUGAACAGGUUGUACUCUAGAUCUGCUGUAAAGUAGCCAUUGGCUUUGUUUGCAUUAUAGUGUUUGGUCACGGAAUGCAAAAACUUUAAAAUGUGAAACACUGCUUUUAGCAGCGUGUUGGUGGCCAAAAUGCUGAUAUACAAACCCGGAGUGUGACACGAGAGAAACACAUUAAACAUAAUAGGAAAUAUGAUGUGAGGUUUAUGUUUAUAAUUCACAUUUUUUUUUUGCAGAAAUAAUUUAAUUUGUAGAUAGGCGUAGUGUUGCUGUUUUUUUCAAAUCUUUUCCUUCCCAAUCAUUUUUUAUUCCUGUCAUGGUUUGUCACUUGUGGUUUGAGUCAUUAUUUGUAAAGUUACAGUUUACACUUUUGUUUUUGACAAAGUUUUUGCAUUGGCUUAUACACAAGG